AUGGCUCCCCCAUCACAGCUAGAGCAAUCAGUGUCACCACAAAAUAAUACUAGUCCCGAAACAUCCCCUUACCGAAAGCGCCUUCGACACGAUGCCUAUACCAUCGGAUGGGUAUGCGCCAUUCCAAAAGAACAGACCGCAGCGAGAGCCAUGCUAGAUGAAGAGCACGAACCUCUUCCGACCCCUCGCAACGACCAUAAUGCAUAUACCCUUGGCUCAAUAUGCGGCCACAAUGUCGUCAUAGCCUGCCUACCUAAUAUGGGAACCAACCCUGCCGCGACUGUCGCGACCUCUAUGAUAAACACGUUCCAAUCGAUCAGAUUCGGGCUGAUGGUAGGGAUUGGCGGCGGAAUUCCAUCGAAGGUCAAUCUGGGUGAUGUGGUGGUCAGCCAACCUGUUGCGGACUACCACGGGGUAGUACAAUGGGAUAUGGGGAAGCUGGAACGGGGUGGGCAGUUCGUCCACACGGGCUCGCUGAACAGACCUCCGAACGCGCUUCUUAAUGCGUCGAAUCAGCUGAAAAGUAAUUAUGAGAUGUACGGGUCGAAGAUAAAUGAGUAUCUGGAUGAUGUGGAAAGGAGAUUCCCGCGACUGGCGCCGAAAUAUACCAGGCGUGAGUGCUUGGAAGACCCAUUGUUGGUAUCAAAGAGGGGACGUCGGACUUCGACCGAAGACCAUUUUCUGUCUAGCCUAUGGCAGGCGGUCAUCACAAUGAUUGCAUAUCUUCUUGGCUCAUGGGCUAUUAGCCCAGUAAUUGAAGAGAAUAAGCGGCUGUCAGAGAAGGCAGAGGAAGCACGGACCCAAAGAGAAGUGAGGAUACAUCAUGGCCUGAUCGCAUCCGGGAACAAAGUGGUUAAGGACGCCCAGUCUCGAGACUCCCUCGAUAAAGCAUUUGGCGGGCACUUGUUGUGUGUCGAGAUGGAGGCAGCCGGGCUUAUGAAUGAUUUUCCAUGUAUUGUCAUCCGAGGCAUUUGUGAUUAUGCGGAGCCAGGGAAAGAGAAAACCUGGCAAGAAUAUGCUGCAGCCGUGGCCGCUGCAUACGCAAAGGAACUUUUGGGAUGUGUGCAGCCUAGUGUUGUUGAUGCCGAGGAUUCAGCGAAAGCUAUGUUGGAAAAGGUCAAUAAACAGAUCGAAAAUGUGCAGCGAACGACAGUCGCAAUGAAAGCUACUACCGAUUCUAUUAAAUCUGACCUUCGUACUCAUCAGAUCAAAGGCUGGCUUGAUCCCGCGGACCCAUCUACGAACGCCAACCACGCGAGGGCGCUCCACCACAAGGGGACAGGCGUGUGGCUCCUAGAGAACCCCGUCUUCCGGUUGUGGUACUCGGGGUCGCGUCGACAUGUAUGGCUGCACGGGCUCGCGGGAUGUGGAAAGACCGUUCUCAGCACAACUGUGCUUGAUCAUCUCGCAAAAGGAAACGACGGUCCUAUCCUCAACUUUUUCUUUGACUUUAGCGACACCAAAAAGCAGACCUAUGAAAACAUGCUGCGGUCGCUUGCUUUCCAGCUAUACCAAGGCGGGGUUGACUCUGCAAUUCAUCUUGAUGCGUCAUUUCAAGCACAUCAGAAUGGCAAAUACCAACCUAAGACAGAGGUUCUCUGGGUCAUCUUUUAUAACAUGCUCAGAGUCCAGAAGAGUGUCUCUAUCGUUCUGGACGCAUUAGAUGAAUCAACUUCAAGGGAUGAUAUUCUCAAGUGGAUCGAGGACAUAAUAUCUAGGCCAGAGUUGGCCCAUGUCCAGCUGCUCUAUACCAGUCGACCCGAGUCCGAGUUUCUGCGCCACAUUCCAAUUUUGAUAGGAGAGGAAGGUUGCCUACCACUCAAUGAGCAGGCUGUCAACUCCGAUAUCCGUUCAUGGGUCUCAGAACAACUCUCUCAACGGCGUGAGUUUACAGAGAAACCCUUGUCACAGGGUCUUCUGGAGGAAAUACGGAAGAAGGUUGGCGACGGGGCAGACGGAAUGUUUAGGUGGGCAUUCUGUCAAUUAGACAGCCUAGCUCGAUGUCGUCACGAGGCAGCUAUAGAGGAGGCUCUCGUAUCUUUACCUAUUAACCUGAAUGAAACAUAUGAGCGCAUGAUGAAGAGCAUACCGGUGGAGCGAAAAAUGGAUGCAAUACGCCUGCUACAAUUUUUAGUGCACUCUAAGCGACCUCUCACGCUAGCAGAGGCUAAAGAAGUAAUAGCGACGCAGAUUGAAAACGAGUCGAGAGGAUUUGACAUCAAGCGUCGGUUGUUCUACGAAACUGAUCUCUUGGAUUACUGUCCCGGCUUAGCGACAAUCGUUCACGCCACGGAUAAAGAGUUACAUCUUGCCCACUUUUCCGUCAAAGAGUACCUCCUCCAACAGGACCAUUUCAUGACGGAGAUUGCCAGCAUUUCCAUCACAAGGACGUGCCUAAAAUACCUGACAGAUAUCAACGGUGGCGACAAAGAGAUCACGCAGGAUUUCCCGAUGGCAAGAUAUGCGGCAGAAAGCUGGGCAGGUCAUGCUGCGUUGGCUCAGGCUUCCGAAGAUAUAGUUCGGAUGACGGUCAAGUUCCUAGAAGAGGAGGUGACAUUCCUACGAUGGGGUCGUUUGUAUCAGGCUGAUAGGAAUUGGGAGAAUAACCCUGGUCCACCGCGAGGUUCCAGGCUCUACUAUGCUUGCUUCAAUGGGCUCUUGGCGCCCGCACGGGAUCUUAUUAGCAGGGAAGCGGAUGUCAACGCGCAGGGCGGCUUCUACGGCAGCGCUCUCCAGGCCGCCUCGUCAGAAGGCCAUCAAGAGAUUGUCAAACUACUCUUAGGCCAGGGAGCGGACGUCAACGUACAGGGCGGUGAAUAUAGCAGCGCUCUCCAGGCCGCCUCCUUGAGAGGGCAUCAAGAGCUUGUCAAACUACUCUUAGACCAGGGAGCGGACGUUAACGCGCAGGGCAGUGAAUUAGGCUGCGCUCUACAAGCCGCCUCCUUAAAAGGCCAUCAAGAGAUUGUCAAACUACUCUUAGAACAGGGAGCGGACGUCAACACGCAGGGCGGUAGAUUCGGCAGCGCUCUAUAUAUCGCCUCGUUACAAGGCUAUCAAGUGAUUGUCAAACUACUCUUAGACCAGGGAGCGGACGUCAACGCACAGGGCGGCUUCUAUAGCAGCGCUUUCCAGGUCGCCUCGUUAGAACGCGAUCAAGAGCUUUUCAAACUACUCUUAAGCCAGGGAGCGGACUUCAACGUACAGGGCGGUGAAUAUAGCAGCGCUCUCCAGGCCGCCUCCUUAAGAGGGCAUCAAGAGAUUAUCAAACUACUCUUAGGCCACGGAGCGGACGUCAACGCACAGGGCGGCGAAUACGGCAGCGCUCUCCAGGCCGCCUCCUUAAGAGGGCAUCAAGAGAUUGUCAAACUACUCUUAGGCCAGGGAGCGGAUGUCAACGCGCAGGGCGGCUUCUACGGCAGCGCUCUCCAGGCCGCCUCGUCAGAAGGCCAUCAAGAGAUUGUCAAACUACUCUUAGGCCAGGGAGCGGACGUCAACGUACAGGGCGGUGAAUAUAGCAGCGCUCUCCAGGCCGCCUCCUUGAGAGGGCAUCAAGAGCUUGUCAAACUACUCUUAGACCAGGGAGCGGACGUUAACGCGCAGGGCAGUGAAUUAGGCUGCGCUCUCCAGGCCGCCUCCUUAAGAGGGCAUCAAGAGAUUGUCAAACUACUCUUAGACCACGGAGCGGACGUUAACGCGCAGGGCAACGAAUUAGGCUACGCUCUACAAGCCGCCUCCUUAAGAGACCAUCAAGAGAUUAUCAAACUACUCUUAGACCACGGAGCGGACGUCAACGCACAGGGCGGCAAAUACGGCAGCGCUCUCCAGGCCGCCUCCUCUGAAGGCCAUCAAGAGAUUAUCAAACUACUCUUAGGCCACAGAGCGGACGUCAACGCACAGGGCGGCAAAUACGGCAGCGCUCUCCAGGCCGCCUCCUUAAGAGGGCAUCAAGAGAUUGUCAAACUACUCUUAGGCCACAGAGCGGACGUCAACGCGCAGGGCGGCAAAUACGGCGGCGCUCUCCAGGCCGCCUCCUCUAAAGGCCAUCAAGAGAUUAUCAAACUACUCUUAGGCCACGGAGCGGACGUCAACGCACAGGGCGGCAAAUACAGCAGCGCUCUCCAGGCCGCCUCCUUAAGAGGGCAUCAAGAGAUUGUCAAACUACUCUUAGACCAGGGAGCGGACGUUAACGCGCAGGGCAACGAAUUAGGCUACGCUCUACAAGCCGCCUCCUUAAGAGACUAUCAAGAGAUUGUCAAACUACUCUUAGACCACGGAGCGGACGUCAACGCACAGGGCGGCGAAUACGGUAGCGCUCUCCAGGCCGCCUCCUCUAAAGGCCAUCAAGAGAUUAUCAAACUACUCUUAGACCAGGGAGCGGACGUUAACGCACAGGGCGGCGAAUACGGUAGCGCUCUCCAGAUCGCCUCCUUAAGUGGCUAUCAAGAGAUUAUCAAACUACUCUUAGACCAGGGAGCGGACAUCAACGCGAAGUGCGGCGUAUUCGGUAGCGCUCUCCAGAUCGCCUCGUCAGAAGGCUAUCAAGAGCUUAUUAAACUACUCUUAGACCAGGGAGCGGACGUCAACGCACAGGGCGGCUUCUACGGCAGCGCUCUCCAGGCCGCCUCGUCAGAAGGCUAUCAAGAGCUUGUUAAACUACUCUUAGACCAGGGAGCGGACGUCAACGCACAGGGCGGCAUCUACGGUAGCGCUCUCCAGGCCGCCUCGUCAGAAGGCUAUCAAGAGCUUGUUAAACUACUCUUAGGCCAGGGAGCGGACGUUAACGCACAGGGCGGCGAAUACGGCAGCGCUCUCCAGGUCGCCUCGUCAAAAGGCCAUCAAGAGAUUGUCAAACUACUCUUGGACAGGGGAGCGGAUAUUAGCGCGCACGACAGCCUCUACUGCAACUACCCUUAG